AUGGCGCACUCGCUCGCGUACGAGGUGAAGAAGAUCCAGGAGCUGAACGAACAGGAGCUCGCGCGGGGCAUUUUCGAUGCGAAACACUCCUGGCACCGAGAAUUCCGGGAGUCGGCGUAUGUCCGCGUCGAUCAUCUAGACAAAAGGCUCACGGAGGGUGAUCUAUCAGAGUGAAAAAUCCCCCCUCCCCAUAUCGAAACGAAGUUUCUGAUGCUGGAUUUCCAUACACAAAUCAGAUUUGUCUUGCAGUAGAGGAAUGCAGGCAUAUGUCAAGCCUCAGUCGAGGAGUUUGACGUAGGCGCCUAGCAUGACAAACGUGUAUGCUCUAAGCCAAACAGCAUCACAAACCGCCUGCAAAAUGCGGAACGCUUUCUGGACUUGCCUUCUUGCAAGACAGACAGGAUUUGAGUUCGCAAAUGCGCAUCACAAAUUUUCAGACGGAUACGUUUUCGAUAUGGGGAGGGUGGAUUUUUCCUUCUGAUAUGAUCUCGUCACUGUUUUUUCCCAGUUUGGCGAGAUCGCGGACCUCCGGUUGAUAAGGGACAAAGAGAUAUCCUGAGUAAAAAUGUCCCCACCCCAGAGUUGUCAUGCAAAUCUGCAUCCCAAAAAAGUUUGUCAUGCGGAGCCCCAUGAGAGCCAUUUUCUAAUCCUGUUUUGGAAUUUGUGAUGCUAGAAUCAGCAUGAUAUGCUACAUCUGUAAUGCUUCGGAACUAGCUAAACAGAAUUACACUACGAGGAUAAACCUGUCAUGCGAAACAACCAGAGGUGGCUGAUUUGUCUAGCGGAUUUCCCAUCUUGACUCUGGUGUGGGGACAUUUUUACCCAGGAUAAGAGACGGGAAAGUCGCGCGGAUUCUGCUUUGUCUGCUACGAGGACACGCGGUCGGCCGCCUACGCCGUCGACAAUAUGAACGGCUACCAAUUGUGCGGGAAAGUGAUGAAGGUGAUGCACGUAUUGAAAUACGAGGUUCCCAUCUUAUUAGACGAAACGCAAGUAGACGCCGAGGGGAACCCAAUUCAGCUGGAGUACAAACCGACUGGUGCGGAGGGCUACGGCGUCGGCAUCACCGCACAGUUAUCCAGUGUGAAAGCGGACAUAAAAACGAAACACAUCAGCACGAGCAGCAACAAGAAAACGCUGAUGGACGAGGAAGAUGCGGAUUUGGAGAUGUUUGAGCAGCAGCUCGUGAAAACGGCGGAAAAAGGGAAAUUGUUGCAGGACAAAGCCACGAAAAAAGCGGAGAAGAAGCGGCUGAAAAAGGAAAAGAAAAAGGAAAAGAAACGAAGGAAAAAAGAGAAGAAGAGAAAAGAGAAAAAGCUGAACACGGGCAGAAAUAACCAAGCUGUCGAUUCAGACAGCGACAGCUCUUCAUCUUCCUCCUCGUCUAGCAGCAGUAGCGACAGCUCGCCCGCUGCGCGAAAAAGUGCACGGGAAACAGUACGGAAGCGGUCUCGUGGGAGAAAUAAAUGAUUGGGAAUUUUGUUGUACCAAUCGCAUUUUGUCAAUGAUAAUGUAUUCACUUUAGCGAAGCACGUGUUCUUUCCACUGUGCCAACAUGGAAAACGAACGCACUGUAGCGACUCAUAUCAUUUCAUGUUCAAAAAGCGACAGUAAAAUCUAGUUCCUUCAAGAACAUUUGAGAACAAAGGCAAAGGGUUCUACGACGCGCCCCACUCUACUACUGUGCAGGCAUGAUCUGCGG